AAAGUAAGAAAAAUGAACGUAGAAAUUCAAAACUGAAGCUUUCAGGACUUUAAAUGCGGAGACUUUAGGCUGUCUGUUGUGUUCUUCAUUGCUCAUCUCUCCAGUCUCGGCUCUGCUUUUGGUUUGUCUGGUCUCAGCGUUGCUGCAGGAGUGGCGUCAGACGGUUCCUCCCUCCUGAGCAGAGCGACACUAACGAGGUUCUGCUGCUGGAUGCGAGUGAAACGAUGCGUUUGGAGGCUGGAGAUGGAGGAGGCGGUGGUCGGGCGUCCUGAGGCCUUCGGUCAGAGCAGCAGGAGGAAACAGACGUGAAGACGUGAACCGACACCAUGAGACCUUCAGCAGCGGCCUGGACGGCUCUGGUUCUGCUGCUGCUUCAGGGAGCGUCCAGCGCCUGCACAGUGAAGAAAGCGAGCAGCAGCAGUGGGAGGUUUGCAAACGCCACCUUAGUGCGUCUGUCCGAGUUCCUGAGCGCCGGUUAUAAGAAAGGAGUGAGACCUGUGAAGGACUGGAGGACGUCCACCAUCGUAGCCAUCGACCUCAUGGUGUACUCCAUCCUCAGCGUGGAUGAGAAGAACCAGGUUUUGACCACAUAUGUGUGGUACAGACAGUCGUGGACGGAUGAAUUCCUGGUGUGGAAUCCAGAAGACUUUGAUGAAGUCAAACAGGUUUCGAUUCCCACGGCCAACGUCUGGGUUCCCGACAUCCUCAUCAACGAGUUCGUGGACGUGGGGAAGUCUCCAGACAUCCCAUACGUCUACGUGACCCACGACGGCCUGGUGAGGAACUACAAACCCAUCCAGGUGGUCACGGCCUGCACGCUCAACAUCUACAACUUCCCCUUCGACGUCCAGAAAUGCAGCCUGACCUUCCAGAGCUGGCUCCACACCAUCGACGACAUCAACAUCACCCUGAUGAGGAGCCCUGAAGAGCUGAGGGAGGACAAGAGCGUCUUCAUGAACCAGGGCGAGUGGGAGCUGCUCCACAUCCUGUCCAACUACAAGAUCUUCAGCGUGGACGACGACGACUACUACGCCGAGAUGAAGUUCCACGUGGUGAUCCGGCGGCGGCCGCUGUUCUACACGGUGAACCUGCUGCUGCCCAGCAUCUUCCUGAUGGUGAUGGACGUGGUGGGCUUCUACCUGCCUCCAGACAGCGGAGAGAGAGUUUCCUUUAAGAUCACUCUGCUGCUCGGCUACUCCGUCUUCCUCAUCAUCGUGUCCGACACGCUGCCUGCCACGGCCAUAGGGACUCCUCUGAUAGGUGUGUACUUCGUGGUCUGCAUGGCCCUCCUGGUGAUCAGUCUGACAGAAACGGUGCUGAUCGUCCGUCUGGUCCACAAGCAGGACCUGCAGCCCCCCGUCCCCCACUGGGUCAAGUAUCUGGUCCUGGAACGAGCUCCGGUCCUCUUCUGCAUCCACAAGAAGCACCGGCUCUGCUCCCGGCUGUCGUCUGGGACCUCCGACCUCGAGCACUACAAGGACAGCAGCUACGGGACCGCGCAGUGCUCACUCCACCACACCUGUGAAAUCGGCCGACGGCUCAGCCAGCAGGACCACCGGGAGGCCGGGCUGCUGGGCCUCCACCGGACCCCCCCCAGGGACCCCGGCCCGCCCGUCAUGGACAGCAUCCUGCAGGAGGUGACGGCCAUACGCCACUUCCUGGAGAAGAGGGACCGGUGCCGGGAGGUGGCCAAGGAGUGGCUGCAGGUGGGCUACGUGCUGGACGUGCUGCUCUUCAGGGUCUACCUGGUGGCCAUGGUGGCCUACAGCAUCACGCUGGGCACGCUGUGGUCCGUCUGGCAGGUGGCCUGAGCUCCACCUCUGGACGGCCGUGGACACAAACACAGCAGGAGAAGCUAGAAACAGCCCAGAGGCUAACAGCACCGUGGAGCCGACAGGGAGGGGAACGCUUCCUGUAGACGAGCACAUUCACAGGUUUAGAGACCAGAUUUACCACAAUAGCUUCUAAACUGUAGGAAAUUAAAACCGCCUGAUGCUUUUUAGGAUGCAACACUUUGAAUGCAGCAACAUGAAGGAUUAGAAAGGACCUGGAAGACACACGAGAAAACCAAAAUCUAGUUAAAAAACUGAGCAUAAAGUAGAUAAACCUGAAAAUGUGCAGUAAAGACCACAUUAAAAAGUAGUUUCAUUGCUUUUUUCCUGUCUUUAAUAAACAUUAAAAGGCCAAAAAAGCCCGUUAUGUGAAAUUAAAACUAAAAAAACUGUAUUUUAAUUAUGGAAAAUUACUCAUACAACAUUUGAUAUGAUCUAAAAUCAGCAGUGGAUUCUUGCAAUCUGAAACCAAACUCUUAGUUUUACAACAGUAAGUUGAUUUUCUCCAUAAAAUUAUUUGUUUAAAAACAACCAAUAAUGCUCCAUUUUGCAGUGCUAAGUCCAUUUAAGUGAAUUCUAACAUAUUUCAACAUAUUUAAAGUUAAUUUGACUGUUUUCAUCCUUUCAUGAAACAUUAAAAGGCCAAAAAAGGCCCUUUAUGUAAAAUUAAAGCUAAAAUCUGUAUUUUCAUGAUGGAAAAUGGUUGUUUUAUUUAUUUUCCUGGUAGCUUUUAGCCACUGAGCUGCCAGAAUAUUAAUGUUUGUUACUUUUAAAGCCUUUCUACGUGAAUAUUUAUUUGCUUAAUAUGAAUUCUAUUCAAGAGGUUCUGAGUUUCCUCCUCUGCAGAAAUAAUCCUGAUUCCUGACAUUUUUACAAUAUCUUCAUAUUUAUAGAUGAUUUAAUUGUUUUUACACUUUCAUUAAACAUUAAAAAACACAUUAUGUAAAAUUUAAAGUAGAAACUGCAUUUUACUCGUGGAAAAUGACUAUUUAAAGGAAAUAUUAAAGUUUGCUGUUUACUACUAAUGUAAGAACAUCUCUCCAGAUAUUUGUAUGUAAUAACUGCACAUGGACAAAUAAAUAAGUAAUUUAUUUAAAGAGAUAUUAACGGUUUCCAUUUUACUGUACACUAAAUAUUACACGUAACCUCAUUCUAAACUGUGGAUCACAUUGUAAAAGAGACACGUGGUUUUUAUCUAUUUUUUGCUUCUUUGUUUAGUUUUAUUAGCAGGAUUUUACAUAAUUCAUGGUAAUCCUGAAAACUUAGCACUUUAUGUCAUAUCACGUCUAAAACGACUGGAUUUUUUAUUCGAAUUUUCAUUUUUUGGAUUUAAUUUAAUUGAUUUCCAUUAAUUUUCUCGCUGUGCCAACAAGAUAUGUAACUAGAGAAAUAAUAUGUUAAAUAAAUGUGACAAUAUUUCAUUAUAAGCAGGUGAAAAUAUACACAUUUAUUUGUUAAAUAAAUAAAAUGUUUUUUAUGUUUGUUUGAAAUGAAACUUAAAUGUAAAUGCACAUUAAUAUAACGUGAUAUUAUUAUGAAAUUUUUGGGGGGAUUUAUUUCUGUUGUGU